CCGCCCCCCUCCCUUCCGCUCCUCCAUUCCAAGCCCCUUCCCUUCUUUCCGAACCCACCUCUCUCUUUCACACACGCCUCUCUCUCUCUCUCUGAGGCAGCCAUUUCCGCUUCUUCUUGUGGAGGCUUGGAGUGGAAGAAAGAAAGGGAAACUGGUGUCCGGUCCGGCGGAGAUGUCUGACGUGUCGGUGAUAAACCAGGCGGAGGUGGAGGAUCAGGCGGCCGGGCUGGAGCUGCCGCCGGGGUUCCGGUUCCACCCCACCGACGAGGAGAUCGUCUCGCACUACCUCACACCCAAGUCCCUCGACCGCCGCUUCACCUCCGGCGUCAUCGGCGAGGUUGACCUCAACAAGUGCGAGCCAUGGGACCUCCCUGCCAAGGCCAAGAUGGGGGAGAAGGAGUGGUACUUCUUCUGCCACAAGGAUCGCAAGUAUCCGACUGGGACGCGGACGAACCGCGCCACGGAGAGCGGCUACUGGAAGGCCACCGGCAAGGAUAAGGAGAUCUUCAAGGGCCGCGGCAUCCUCGUCGGCAUGAAGAAGACGCUCGUCUUCUACCGCGGCCGCGCCCCGCGCGGCGAGAAGACCGGAUGGGUCAUGCACGAGUUCCGCCUCGAGGGCAAGCUGCCCCACCCGCUCCCGCGUUCCACCAAGGACGAGUGGGCCGUGUGCAAGGUGUUCAACAAGGAGCUGGGGGCGAGGACCGGGCCAAUGGCGGCCGCCGGCGCGGAGCUCGAGCGCGUGGGCUCGUUGGGGUUCAUUAGCGACUUCCUCGACUCCGCCGAGCUGCCGCCGCUCAUGGACCCUACCUUCGGCUCCGACGUCGACGAGGUCAUAGACUUCAAGGGCAUCGCGUCCACCUCCGACGCCCACGCCGCGCCGGGCAUGAGCUGCCUGCAGGUCAAGACGGAGGAGCACGUGCCGCUGCAGUACCAACACCAUCACCAGCCGCCGAUGUUCUACUCCAGCCCGUACUUCUCGCUGCCGGCGGUGAACUCCAGCGACCUGCCGACGGCGAUCCGACGGUACUGCAAGGCAGAGCAGGUCUCGGGGCAGACGUCGGUGCUGAGCCCGUCCCGCGAGACGGGGCUGAGCACGGACCCCAACGCCGCCGGCUACGCGGAGAUCUCGUCGGCGGUGACGUCGUCGUCCCAGCAGUUCCUGCAGGAGUUCGACGACUCCGUCCUGAACCUCGCCGACAUCUGGAAGUACUGAAUUCAGCCUGAACUAUCAGGAGCCGCCCACCAACCUCACAGAAUUCGGUUCGGGCUGGUUGAUUAAUUGCCCGAUUCGAUUGAUUAUCUUCGUGUUCCAUGCUGGGGGUUGGUGAUAGACAGUUCAUCGGUCGUCACCUUCGUGAAGGCCUCUCUUGACAUCGGGUCUGAUUAGAUUAUUAUCCGUCCAGAUCACCAGGGGAUUAGGGCCUCGUUAGUUAAUUGGAUUACCCCAUCCUAGGUUCCAUGUCUGUACAUAGUAGUACUGCUAGUACUCUGAUGUCUCAUUAGUAGUAGCAUGAUGAUAGGAUUAAUGAAUGUGUGUAGAUUAGUUUGUGUGAUUUACGAAUCGAUUAAUUUGGGCGCUUGAUGACCCAGCUAGCGCUAGCUUUAUAUGUACAUGUACCAUUAAUUGCUUGAUCUAGACAUGCCAUUACGUGAA